AUGCUGUACUCGUAUUUUGUGGGAGUGCUCUUGGGUAGUAUCUGUCGGAAAGAAAAAUUAAGUAAAAGCGCCCCCGUGUAUCAUUUAGUGGAUUUAAUGGUGCUCUAUUCUUCGAAUAUACCCUGGAUCAUGCACCACUGCAUCAAAAGGGAUUAUGACGAAAGCCUUGCCGUGGUGGCAGGGGAGAAGCAACCAGAUCUAAGUAAUUUGGACGGAGUCGACAUUGAGGGUGAUGCCAUAGCCGCUGGUAGCUUUUAUGAGGACGGCGGCCACAACGAAGAAAACCCUGAGGAGUACUAUACCCUGCAAUUGGGUAGAAGCGCCACAAACUCAUACAAAAACUGGAAUCGUGGUUUUGUUUACUUUUGA